AUGUCUUGCUUUGUACUUCCUGAAAGAGUCAUCAAGGAGCUAAAUUCUAAGUUCAAAAUAUUUCUAUGGGCUGAUCCUGACUUAAAGAAGAGUUAUAAUCCUAUCAAAUGGAGUUUUGCUUGUCACUCUUAUGAAGAAGGGGGUUUGGGAAUCAAGGAUUUAGAAAAUACUAAUGUCGCAGCAAAUUUAAGGCAUAUCUGGGAUUUAAUCUCUAGCAAAGAUAUUAUAUGGACUUCAUGGGUUAAAAAUUUUAUGGAAGAUGAAGUCCGAGAUGUUGUCAAGGAAAUUUCUAAGACUGAGUUCAACAUUUCAGAGAGUGAUCAAAUCUUUUGGAAAUCAGGAGCUACAGCUCUCCUUAAGAGAUUAAAAACAAAGAGUAAGUUAUGUAAAUGGGGAACAAUCUCUGACUCAACUUGUAUUUUAUGUGGAACUGAUGAAGAGUCUGAAAACCAUUUGUUCCACAAGUGUCAAUUCUCUUCUGAAAUUUGUAAACGUCUUCUUCUGAAAAUGGGGAUUGUUAAGGAUCUUGAAAACUCUUGGGAUGAAGAAGUAAAUUGGUGUGCUCAACAUUUUUCAAGUGCUAAAUAUGUGGGCAUGAUUAAAAAAUUGACUCUUAAUAGUUUUGUUUACCAUAUUUGGAGAGAAAGAAAUAACAGAGUGUUUAGAAAUCAGCAUGGCUCUCAAGACCAAGUCAGUUUGAUGAUUAUACAAGAUGUAAGAUUCAAAAUGUUAGCCACGAAAUAUAAGGAGACCGAUACCUCUAAUGCAAGAGCUUUUAUGAGAAGAUGGAAUAUUGAUUGCUCCUUUGUUAUCCCAGAAAUCAUUCUUUGCACUUGGUUGUACCCACAAAGAGAUGAAGUCAUGAUUAAUACAGAUGGUUCAAGAACUGAUACUGCAGGAGGGUUUGGAGAUAUCAUUAGAGAUCAUGAAGCUGAGGUGGUUGCAGCUGCAAGUGGAUAA